AUGUCACAAAGAAGGGAAGAAGCUCGCCGAAGGGACGCGGAGAGAAACAUGCGCGCCUGUCGACAUUGCCAGCGUCAGGACAGGGACGAUUGCAAGCUCGACGACCCGUAUUGCAUCAGUUCGCAGGCCAGGAGGCCGGUGGCUCCUCGACCAGCGAUGCCACCGCAGCCAUCGUAUCAGCAGCCAGCACGUCCGCCACCAUCUGUGUACUCCCAGCAGUCGACGUACCCGCAACAGUCCUCGUACCAGUCCGCCUAUUCAGGACCCUCGGGGUAUACACAGCCAUCGUAUGCUGGCUCGUCGGGAUACGCUCCGCCAACGUAUCCACAGCCGCAACCGCAAUCGCCAUAUCAGCAACGGCAGUACCCACAACCGCAAUCGCCAUAUCAACAACGGCAACGUAAACACCAGGGUCCCCAGGAGCCAGGCGCCGAUCGAGUUGGUCAGGACAGAGCCGUUCAACAGGCUCUACGCGAGCAAAGUGACAAAGUGAAUCAGGCGAGAGAGGAAUACAGAGCCAGGCUCCGGUCGUCCGGGAGGCCAAACCCAGGCGCAAGCGAAGAUCGAAGCGCGAGGGCCAGAGCCACUCAAGCGCAAAGGGAAACAGCCGUUCAAACCCAAAAGGACAAAGACGUUCAACGGGCUGUAUACGAACAGACCGAGAAAAUAAGACGAGCGAGAGAGGAGCACAAAGCCAGGCUCCUGGGGUCCGAGGCACCGGACACAAGGCCUGCGCCUCGCAGGCAAAGGAAGACUGCCGAUGCGGGCGAUGACGAUGGCCCGGUAGCGCCGCAAAGGCGGCAAUCUCCAUCAGAAAGGCGACAGGCAAACGCCGAGAGUCAGGCCAGACGUAGGGCGAGGGCACAACGACCAACGUUCUCAGCUGAGGAUUUGGCAGAGCUUGGACGGCCGGUGAGUGAGGACGACUUUCGCCCAAAGCGCCGUCCCCUUCCUUCUUAA